GAUGACGUAAUAAUAAAUUUGAAAAUUGACAUGUCAAACGUCAAAAUUGUUUACAAUCAAAACAAAAGUUUUUAAUGUUUAAAAAUCAUAAAUAUUAUACAAGAUUAUGAUGCGAAAUGAAACAAGAAUUGUGUCUGAAAAAGACCAAGAAUCUUCUUUCUUGGCUUAUGCACGAAUGGAAGACUUAUUAGAUAAACUGAAAUUGUUAAACUACGAGUCUGAAUUUUUAAGUGGCCUUAAAAUGAAACCAAUUCACAAAUACUAUUUUGUUGUAACUAAAAAUCCAGGGGAACAAUUUUAUCUAUUCUCAUUGUUAGCUGCGUGGUUGAUUACAAAAAACGGGAAAAGUUUUGAGCAACCUCAAGAGUUUGAUGACCCAAAUGAAACCAUUGAUAAAAUAUUGAAUGAAGUUAAAGGGAAUGGCAUGACAUUGGAUUUUUCUCUAAGUAAGAUAAAGCAAGGUGUAGGGGAACAUGUUGUUUUAAUUCUUGAUUAUUUGGCCAAUAGUGCACUUCAAAAAAACAACAUCAUCUUAAAAAGACCAAAACCACCUGAGGAAAAAGAAGAAGAAACUGAAGUCUUAGAUGAUGAAUCUGAGAUAAAUCUUGAUAGAAUUGAAGAAGAAAUGAUUGCUGCUUAUUCUGAUGACUCCGAUGAAGAGAACAUUUUUCGUCUUGAUGAUUUGAAGUCUGUCAAAAAAGAAAUUCUAUCAAAUGAGUUAAAGUCAAAUGUUGAUGAAGAAACAUGGAAACAAGAAGUUGAGAGAGUAUUGCCUCUAUUGAGAGUAACAGUAAAAAAUGACAACAGAGACUGGAGAUCUCACUUGGAACAAAUGAGACAGCAUCAAUCUACCAUAGAUAUCAAUUUUGGGACCGCAAAGGGACAAUUGGAAAAAUUACAUAAGGACAUUAGCAGCACCCUUGACAAAGUUAGCAACAGAGAAAAAUAUUUCAACAGGGAACUGGAGACGAUAUUAGAAGAGUACAGAAGCUUGCAAGAUCAACUUUCAAAGUUGAAAGAUAACUAUAAAAAUGUAAGUACAGGUGUGGCUGAAAGAAACAGGGAGCUCUACAAGUUGACAGAAAAAUUGGAGACUGUCAAACAUCAAAUGGAGGAAAGGGGAAGCUCUAUGACAGAUGGAACUCCUUUGGUGAACAUAAAAAAAGCUGUUGCAAAAGUCAAAUCGGAAAUAAUUGAAAUGGAUGUAAGAAUCGGAGUUUUGGAAAGCGUCUUACUGCAAACUAAAAUAAGAGAAGAAAAACAAAUUGAAAAUGAAUAUGGCCAGUCGAUCUCAGUUUUUUAAUAAAAUGUUGUGAUUAUUAUACACUUAAUUCUAGUCACCAAAGACUGCACUUUUUGAUGUUAUUUCACAUAAAAAUGUAAUUGUUACAUACAGUAAAGAUAUAAUAAAAAUUGAUUUUAAAAUGAAGGGUCUAGAAUUCUUAACUACAAGGGCACAAAUUUAAAUUUAGUGGACAAUUAUCAUUUCACAAAAAUACUGUUAAUAAUAACUCAAUAGUUUAAGUACUCUUUUUAUUCUUAUUCUAAUUAAAUUUAAUUCUAAACUAUUCUGUUAUUUCAACAUCCUGCUUAAAAAUAAACUCUUCAUUAUAACAACUAUCAUUAGUACAACUAUUUUUACAAGUAUAAACUGCCAAAACACCCCAAUCUAUAUCAGUUUCUUUCAAAUAAGACAACAUUUGAGGCAUAAUUUGAAAUUCAAACUGUCUUGGUCCUUUACAUUGUACACAUUCUGGGAUGUUUUCUGGAACAGGUUUCUUUGAAAUCCAUAAUGGUUCCCCACCUCUUUUAUAUCUGAUAACUUGAUCAGGAUUAUGUUUAACUGUUUUCUGAAACUUUGAAAAUACUUUAUCUUUGUCACUUGUUGCAUGUAUAUCCAAAUCGGAUUCUGAAGUCUCAAUCAUGCUGCCUGUUGUACCUUCUAAUUUCAUUUUUUCAAACUUCAUUAACUCUUCUUCUUCAUUAGUAUAACUCUCAUUAAUUUCCUCUGGUUCUGUAAUAAUUUCCCAUUCUGGAAAUAGUAAUUUUGAAUGCCUUUUUGUAACAUUUUCACUUCCACACUCUUUUUUAUGGCCUUCUUUCCAAUCCAAAACUUGAUGAUUUCGACUGCAGUAAUGAGUAUUUUUACACUUACUGCAUUGUUUUUCUGAUAAACAACCACAUACAUUACAAAGUGUUACCCAAGUAUUUAAUGAAAAAUCCAGUUUUGGUUUAUCUUCAGGUGGAUCAUAGGGAUAAUAUUUAUUAUUUCUCUGUAAGCUGCUUCGAAACACUUUUACAUUGUCAUUAUUAUUUCUUUCUGAGCACUCAUGAGUUCUACAUAUAAACACAAAUACAGUCCUGUGAAAAUUAUUUAAAUAAUCAUCAAAGGAUUCUUGAAUAUCUUCUUCAUAGGGAGCAUAGAGCUGGCACAAAAAGAUCAUUGUAUUCUGACACUUUCUGCAUUGUAGUUUUUCAGGGGAAGGUAAUUUUUCCAAAUUCAACCAGGCUGGCUUUCCUCCAACUUUGCUAGGAAACAGGCGACUCUCUACUUGCCAUGAUUCGCAGUUCUCUAAAAACCCAAGUUCAACACCAGACUCAAUCAUUAUAAAUAUAAAAUCUUCAAUGCGUUACAAAUUAAAAACAAAAACGAGCGAAGCCUGAGCCUAUAACACAGACUUUUAAAAGCCUUUAAUUUUAAGGUUAAGUUUUUACAGUACACCCAACAUGAUAAAAUGUAAAGGCAAUCUCAAAAUAAUCCAUAAAACUUAAACUUACACUUC